AUGGCGUUGGCGACCCGCGCGCUGCUCCUGCUUCUGGCGGCCAUCGCUGCGCUCGCCCCCAGCGCCCCAGCGGCAGCCGAAUCUGGAGUCAUCAGCAAUGUCGGCGUAACCCACAGUGUUGGAAAAGAAGUCCACACAGGUUUGGGCGUUGGAUCAAGUGUUGCAGCAGGUACUCAUGUGGAUGCUGCAGCUGGUGUUAACGUGGGUACUGGAGUUGGCUUUGGAGCCGGAGUGGGAGUUGGUGUUGGAGUUGGCGCAGAUUCUUACGCUACAGCGGAAACUGGAAUCAUCAACAAUGUCGGAAUAACCCACACUGUUGGACAAGAAGUAGGCGCCGGUUUGGGCGUUGGAUCAAGUGUUGGAGCAGGUACCAAUGUGGAUGCGGGAGCUGGUGUCAACGUAGGUACUAGUGUUGGCGUUGGGGCUGGAGUGGGAGUUGGUCUUGGAGUUGGCACUGAUUCCCAUGCUACAAUCAAACCUGGAGUCAUUGGCCACAUCGGGGUGUCUCAAACAAGUAGCAAACUACACAUACGUAGUCAGUUGUCAGAAUGGGCUUGCAGACAAAUGAUGUGCAGCCGCGAAGGCAGUAUAGUGCAGCAGUGUAAACAGUAG